AUGAUGGAAAGAUUAGAGGAUGCUAAUAUUAAAGUAAGAAGGAGACUUAAAGCAGAUGAAGGAGAAGGUGAUGUAGCAGUAGGUGAUGAUGAUGAAGAAAAGGAAAGGAGAAAUAACAGUGAUCGAUCAAGGAAGGAACAUCAGCAGAGGACAGAUAACCGUGGCCAGGCAAGUGAAGACCUUUCACAAAGGAGAGGUAAUGGUGAUCGGUCAAGGAAGGAACGUCAGCAGAGGACAGAUAACCGUGGCCGGGCAAGUGAAGACCUUUCGCAAAGGAGAGGUAAUGGUGAUCGGUCAAGGAAGGAACGUCAGCAGAGGACAGAUAACCGUGGCUGGGCAAGUGAAGACCUUUCGCAAAGGAGAGGUAAUGGUGACCGGUCAAGGAAGGAACAUCAGCAGAGGACAGAUAACCCUGAUCGAUCAAGAUAUAAACAUCAACACAGGACAGAGAGCCGUGGUCAGUCAAGUGAAGACCUUCAGCAAUUGACAGAUACCCAUGGUUGGUUAAUAGAAGAAAUUCCUGGCAGGAGAGACUGGAAUGUGGAAAAAGAGGAACAUGUGGAUGUGUACAUGGAUGAAUAUGUGAAUGAAAGUGAAGAGUAUGCUCUGGCCUAUGAGGAGUAUUUGGAGUAUAGAGAUGAUGACAGAACAAGUUUUAGUAGUGCAAGGAACAGCAGUGUGAGAAUGAGGAGGGAUGAGGAUGGAAGGCAACAAAGUUUUGAAGAUCAAAUGUACAGAGUGCCUGUCUUUGUUGAAGAUGAUGGAUAUUUUGAUGAAGGGAAUGAAUUCUUUGUUGAAGAAGAAAUUGAAGGAUUUAUACAUAGUGAGAGGGUGGUUGAGGUGGUGAAAUAUGAUGAUGAGCAUGAAGGAGCUUUCAACAUAGCCUGGUCUGAAAGUGCUCAUCAGGAUGGCAGGAUAUUACCAGGAGCAGGGAGUAGCUUGGGCAGAGAGGGUCGAAGAUUAGACAGAUAUAGAGGAUUCCCAAAUCAACAUGACAGCUUCAAGAGAGACAACUCCGUGACAAGAGGAAGUCAGGGACGAAGAUCCAGAGCAUAUAGUAAAAGUUCCAGUGCACAUAAAUCAGUGAGACGGCGUGGUGAAAAAAGAAACAGAGGUCGGGAGAUUCCAAAACACACUGAGCAUGUCAGAAAAGAUGAUUCAAUGAAAAGAGAUCAAAAGGAAUUUGUUGAUGAUGGUACCACAAAAUCUCAAAAGAUGCAUAGCAAAAAGAUUGAUGACAGAGAUUACCAGAGAAACUUGAGAAAUCGAUCCUUGAGAGACAAGGCUAGCAGAUCCAAGACAAAGAGUCAGUACUUGAAGAAAGAAGGCGUUGACACAAAGAAUAAGGACCAGAUGAGCAGUAAUAACAAGAAGAAAAGGAAGAGUGAAAAGACAGAGGGGAAUAUAUUUGAGCGGAAACAGGAUGACAUCAGUGAUGGAGUUCCCAGUGGAGAUGAUAGCAUCUGUGAACUUGACAUGGAUGACGUUGAUAUGGGUGACUUUUUUGUCAUGGAUGAAGUGUGAAUUUGAAGGUCUGCUGAUCAUCAUUAUGAAGUUAUAUGUUUUCACACGAAGCAGAUGUCUUUAGCCAUUGCUCAGCAGGGCCAAUAUCAGCAAGGGAGAUGUCAGUUGAGAUGGUAGCCUCUGUGAUUUGACAUGGUGUCUUUGGUGUCAUGGAUGGUGUGUGGAUUGGAAA